AUGUCAACUUUUGACGAGGAAAGCUCGAGACCAAGUACAAACGGACUGCCAUUAGUGGAUUUGACACACAGUCACAGUGUUGAUAGUUCUGACGACGAAGAGCAUAUAUUCUUCAAUAAGUCAUUAUUACAACAACAUAAAAAGAUACACAACAACACAAAAUACAGUUGUAAAUUUUGUUCAUAUUCUGGGACAACAGUCAAAUGUCUCAGCAGUCAUAUGAAGAAAGUACACACAGAGCCGACAAUACCUUGUAACAUAUGUGGUAAAAAGUUUCACUUUCAAAGUAAAUUGAAACAGCAUCAGUUAGUACAUACAGGUGAAAAACCACAUAAAUGCAAAGUAUGUGGUAAAGGUUUUAACAGUACAUAUUCACUUAGUACACACAAACUUAUACAUGAAAAUCUUAAGCCGUAUCAUUGCAAAGUAUGUGACUACUCAUGUCGUGACAGUUCCACACUUAGAAAGCACAAAGACAGACAUCUUGGUAAAGUGAAGAAGUACCCAUGUGAAUUGUGCCCUAGACUCUUUAAUGCUAGUAUCUAUCUGAGAACACAUAUGGACGAGAAACACUUUGGUGUGAAUGUACAUACAAUACCUUGCGAGUUUUGUGGAAAAAUGUUUAAGAGUAAUUCAACAUUAACGUUGCAUAUUAAAACCAUCCACGGCCGUCAAUUUGAGUGUGAAUGUACCAUAUGUGGUGUUGUAUGUAUGAACAAAGGUAAUCUACGUGCACAUAUGAUGACCCAUGUCGAUAUCAGACCUUAUAAAUGUACAUACAAACAUUGCGGAAAGAAAUUCAAAUGUAUGGGUGAUUUAAAGAAACACACAAUAAUUCAUUAUCCCGAACAGCAAUAUACAUGUUUUUGCGGACGUCGUUUCGCUCGCAAAUGCCGUUAUGAUAGUCACAUUAAACAACAUAAUUACCAAGAAAAGACAAUCCAGUGCGAUGUAUGUGGAGAAUGGUUCAUAAACAAAUCGGAUAUUAUCCUACACAUAGCUCAGAAACACACAGAUCAGCAAUAUAUUUGUGAUGUUUGUGGAUUUCAAACUAACAACAAGAAUAUUAUAAUUAAGCAUAUUAAGAAAGGACAUAAUAAUUUAUCUUGUAAGAUUUGUCGAAAAAUAUUCAAAAGGCGUACUUGUCUUAAAGUACAUUACAGGAGGUGUCAUUAUAUCGGAUAUAAAACGAAACCUCGUUUAAAACCAGAGAAUGUUCUGGAAGAUAACAAACAAGAGAAUGUUCUCGAAGAGAAUUAUAUAAAAAAGGAGAUUGAGACAUUGGAAGAAAUAGAUCUUUUUGAAGUGGAGAAAAAUGAGUUUUUAUCCGAUAUUGAACAUGAAGAAACAAAUACGACGGAAAAUCAUAAAACAUGCAAAAAUAUAGAAAAUUCUGAACAAAGUCUUGCAAAAGAAUUGAAUAGUAUUCUGGAUAAAGCAACUAUAAUAAACAAUGAUGAAGAUUUAAUUGAAAAAAUUAACAGGAUCCAAGUGACAGUAAAAAUAGAUAAAAAAGCGAAAGAAAAUGCAGAUAAACAUAUACAGAAAUUAUUGGAUAAAUCGACGAGAAAGAAAGAGAUGAAAGAAUUGGAGGAAACGAGACGGAUGUACAAUAAAAGAAUAAGGAAGGCAAUUAAUAGUAAACCAAAAAAAGGUCCUAUCAUUAAAUUUGUUAAAAUCAAAAAUAAUAUAAACCCAUUUGGUAAAAGUCAAGGAUAUCUUAACAGAUGA